CUUCGGUGUGCCGGCUGAAGGGAAAAACCGUAUGAGGCGAGGAGACGGAGGUUGAGCGUCUCAGCUGGCUCGGACCCGGGCGGGGAGUCUUUUCUCGACCAUGGCGUCCUCCUCCGGUGAGGACGUAACCGGCGAGGAGAACCGGGAGGAGAAUAUCGGCAUGAACUUGAUGGAGUUUUCGGAUGAAAUCCUCUUGCACAUCUUGCGAUAUACUCCCGUGUCGGAUCUUGUCUUGAACGUCCGAAGCGUCUGUCGGAAACUUUCCGCCCUCAGUCUCGACAAAAGCCUCACUCACACUGUGAUGCUGCAUAAAGAUUACCAGGUGGACAAAGACAAGGUGAAACAGCUGAUGAAGGAGAUCGGAAAAGAGAUCCACGAGCUGGACAUGACCGGCUGUUACUGGUUGCCUGGCUCGACUGUUGAUCAGGUGACCCGCUGCAAGAAUUUGGUGAAGCUGAACCUCUCUGGCUGCCACCUCACCUCCCUUCGCCUUUCGAAGAUGCUCUCGGCCCUGCAGCACCUCCGCUCCUUGGCCAUCGACGUGAACCCCGGGUUCGACGCCUCCCACCUGAGCAGCGAGUGCAAAGCCACCCUGAGCCGGGUGCUGGAGUUGAAACAGACCCUCUACACGCCCUCCUACGGGGUGGUUCCUUGCUGCACCAGCCUGGAGAAGCUGCUGUUGUAUUUUGAGAUCCUCGAUCGAUCCCGGGAAGGUCUGAUCAUCUCUGGGCAGCUCAUGGUAGGGGAGAGCAACGUGCCCCAUUACCAGAACCUACGGGUUUUCUACGCCAGGUUGGCACCUGGCCCGGUCAACCAGGAAGUGGUGAGGCUGUACUUAGCAGUGCUGAGCGACCGGACGCCGGAAAAACUUCACGCUUUCCUCAUCUCCGCCCCCGGUGGGUUUGCCCAGAGCUGCGCCGUUAAAAACCUCUUGGAUUCCAUGGCCAGGAACGUGACGUUAGACGCCCUUCAGCUGCCGCGGUCCUGGAUGAACGGAUCCAACCUCCUGCAGCACUUGAAGUUCAGCAACCCUUUUUACUUCAGCUUCAGCCGCUGCAGUUUGUCCGGCGGGCAGCUGGUCCAGCGAGUGUUGAACAGCGGCAAAGACCUGGGCAGUUUGGUCAGCUUGAACCUGAGCGGCUGCGUCCACUGCCUGUCGCCCGAUUCCUUGUUGCGGAAAGCGGAGGACGACAUCGAUAGCGGUAUCGCCGAAACCCUGGUGGACACCUGCCGUAACCUGAAGCACCUCAACCUCUCGGCCGCCCACCAUCACAGCCCGGAAAGCCUGGGGAAGCACCUUUGCCAGAUCCUCGCUCGCCUGAAAGGCCUCCUCUCCCUGGCGCUGCCGGUUUGCGCCGUGGCUGACGGGGCCGCCGCCCUGCUGACGGUCGACAAGCCUUCGGUGCAGCCGGUGGCUCACUCGGUCUCUCAAGGGUUUGGGAAAAAAGUCCGGAUCGGGGUGCAGACCUAUCCCAGGAACUGCUUGGAGCAGAGCCAUCCCAGACCGCCACCUUCCGUCUUUUGGACUCUUCUGGAAAGCCUCCCGUUUCUGGAAAAGUUGGAGCUGAUCGGCUCCAGUUUUUCCUCGGCCAUGCCGCGGAACGAGCCGGCCAUUCGGAACUCUCUGCCCCCUUGCAGCCGGGCGCAGCAUAUCGGGGAUGCUGAAGUGGCCGCCAUUGGCCAGCUGGCCUUCCUGCAGAGCCUCACCUUGGCUCAGCUGCCCAAUAUUCUCACGGGCUACGGGCUGGUGAACAUUGGGGUGCAGUGCCAGCGCCUGCGGGCUCUCUCCUUGGCCAACCUGGGCCUGAUGGGGAAAGUGAUGUAUGUGUCGGCUCUGGUGGACAUGCUGAAGCACUGCAGGUGUCUUCAAGAUCUCAGGCUUGAGCAGCCCUACUUCCACGCCAACGCCCAGUUCUUCCACGCCCUGAGUUGCUGUUCCUCCCUGCAGCGUCUCUGCAUCAUCUCCCGGAGCGGGACCCUCCAGUCCGACGCCGUGGUGUCGUUCAUGGCUGCCUGCCGCGAGGUGAUCAUGUGCCACAUGUUCAUGGGGGAAUCGCUCACCCUUUGCAAAAACCUGCAGCAGACCCUGAUACGGAGUUUCCAGGCGGAACGCCCUGCGCUGAACGUGGUUGUGUUCCCUCUCCUGCACGAAGACUUAACCGAGGUCAUCCGGGAUGUCCCCAUGAUGCACCUGGACGAGAUCACCUUGUUCAAAAGCCGAGUGGCCGAGGAGCCGCCGAAUUUGUGGUGGUGAUGGGCGGAGCACCCCCGGAUUUGGACCCAGAAGCUGGCCACUUUUCUUCGCCUCCUCCUCCUUGGUCGAGAGUUGUUGCUUUUGGAGUCUCGUGGCCGUUGUUGGAACGCUGUUUGGAUGCUGCUCCGAGGAUCUCACUCGGGGCAAAAUUUGCCCAUGGGAAAGAAAUUGUAACCGCCAUCACCAUUAAUAUUAUUAUUAUUAUUUUUUUUAAAAAAUGCUAGCCCUUCCUCGUUUCUGCAAAACGUGGGAACGAACGGCAGCUAGAAAUGGGACCUUUUCCCCAUUCAGUGUUCCUUCCUUGCUAUUUAAUGUCUGAAUUCUUGUUUUAACUUGAGGUGGGAUUCAAGGUAAGAAAAAAACGUCAGCUUGAAAGAAUGUACUCUUCUCCCCCUCCUCUUCUGAGUCGCCUCAGUCCCUGGUUUGGGGAAGCAACCUGAUUUUCCCAUCUUCGUCCCUUGUGUGAGUUUUUCCUCACAACCUGGGCCCCUUGAAGCUGUUGUGGAGUUCAACUCCCAGGAUUCCCCCCCCCCCGCCGCCGCCGCCCCCGCAGCCAGCAUGGAGACAAAGUCUUCACACUUCACACUUGCCCAGAGCUGAGAAACAUCGCUCUUCUGCUCCAGGAUUAUGGUUUCCUUCACUCUUUCAGGCAGGGGACUCCAACCUUGGCAACUUGAAGACUUGUGGACUUCAACUCCCAGAAUUCCUCAUCCAGCUCUGCAGAGUCUUCAACUCUUAAAGUUGACCAAGGUUGGAGACCCCUGAUCUAGAUGGUGACAUUCGGGUGGCUUCAUAGACGAAGCGAACGACACCCUUGUGAAGAGGGAGUCUAUCCAUCCCCUCUCCUUUUCUCCCCCUGAAAUCCGACAAUCCUUUUGAAGAGAGAUUUCUCAAAGCGAGCUGCGGCACUAAAGUUACCGUCUUGGGCCGAGCCUUUCAUUUCUACCCCUUGACAAAACACCACUGGUAGUCCAGUCUACCUCUUGAGGGGCAGGUUAAGGUUCCUUGGUGACCCCCGGGCUAACUUUGAGCCAGCUACUUCCCUUCAAGGAAACCCUUCUGGUCUUGGCUUUCUAGGUUUUCAAGUAAGGGUGUCCCUUUAAAGACCUGUGGACUUCAACUCCCAGAAUUCCCCCAGCCAGUUGGAAUUCUGGGAGUUGAAGUCC